AUGUAUGUGAAAUGGUUUGAUACAGGAAUGUUAUACUAUGUGAUUUUAGUGAAUUUAGUGAAUGUCACUUUUUCACAUUUUUUAAUUUCCUGCUGUUCCGUCCCCUGUACGUCCCAACGCUCGCAGGGAACGGAACCCAGAUGACAGAUGCCGGCAUCGGCCGGAGGACAUUGCCAGGACACUGCAGGAGGGACAUCGCGGGAGCGAAGGACAAGGUAAGUGCAGAAGAGAUCCCGCAGCAAUGCUGCAGGGUAUUCCCGAGUGUAACUCGGGGUUACCGCUUUUGGUACUGAAACUUUACCCAGAGCUACACUCAGGAAUACCUCCAUGGAGGUUAA